GCAAAUCUUUACUAAUGACAGUUUUCACACAUACAGGUAAUGCAAAAUCUCGCGAUAACUCACAGGCUGAGCUGAGACUUGGUUACCAUAGUGACAAGACUGACGCCCGGCCGAUGUUAGCUCGCUUAACUUCUGUCUUUUGUUUAAUUAUUCAGCUGCCUCACUGCGUUUCGACUUCAGGACACAGAAAAUGUCCCCAAAGAGACAAGCAAAAGAGAAAACACACGCAGAGGAUGAGGCCUCGAAAACGGGUCAGACUCCAAAUGAAACAUUGCCCGUGCAGACCUUCGAUGAAUAUCAGUGCUCAGGAAAUGUGGAGGCUGACUUCCCUGGGCUUUGUGCUCUUCUGGAUGUGAAGGAUAUCCCACCUGUCUGCACCAAGCGCCUAACAGCCUCCACCACUGAUGGAGAGAAUACAGCGCCAGAAGACAACCAGUCACGGAUACGUGCUGCACCUUUCUGGUCAAAGCCAUGUCUAAAAGUGGAAGUGGAUAAUAGAGACCGCCUCGGUGCCAAGAGCAUAAAAAUUUCUGGAUGGAAGGUGACUGAGCAGAUUUUCCGAGUGCUACAGAAGAUGCUUCCCUCCAUGAUCCAGCUACAGAGCCUUUGGUUUUGGCAGGCCGGACUGACAGAUCAAAUGCUAAUCUCCCUCGUGAACACAAUAUCUCUGUGCUCCAGCCUCAAGGUUGUGACACUGGAGGGCAACGUUCUCCCAGAGCAGAGCUACCACCUUCUCCUCUCAGAAGACAGCCACCUCACCCGCUUGUCGCUGCGAAAUAAUCGCAUAGGAGAUGAAGGCGCUCGUCUGAUUGGCUCGGCUCUCUCGACAAGCCGGUCUGCUAACAAGAACCUCCUGUCACUCAACCUGGCGUUCAACUCUAUCGGUGAUGCAGGUGCUGCACAUAUUGCACAGGGCCUGCGGUUGAAUCGUACGCUGCUGUUUCUCUCACUGUCCAACAAUCAGAUUGGAGACUCAGGAGCUGCUCAUCUGGCCGCGGUACUCGGGGAGUUCGCUCUAACUCACGAAGAAGUGGUGGAGAGGAGGAAGCUGCUGCUGCAAAGAACACAGUCUACUUUUAAUAGGGCUGAUUCUGACCAGUCAUCCACUGAGCAGCUCGCCUCAGUGCGCUGCAGCACUUCAAUGAGCAAAGGGGAGAGUAAAGGCAAUAAAAAGGAAACCUCGAAAAAGGAGGAAAAAUCAGCAGCCAACAAAGAAAGCAACAAAUCUAACAAGAAAUCCUCGGAUGCAAAGACGCCUCAAGGUAAAGGCGGGAAGCCGGGAAGCAGAGAGAAGCACCUUCCUGCACACGAGGAUAAAACAGGCUCUGCCCACAAUGAGGCUGAGUUAACGGAGGCAGUGAACCCUCUGCUGGACAAGUCGGUGCAUCACAGGGACGGACAGCUCUUCCUGCCUGGAAACACCACUCUCUCCUCCCUCAACCUGGCAGGAAACAGAAUUACAGAGAAGUCGCUGCCUUUGUUCCUGGCUUGGCUGGAGGCACAGGGUGAAGGAGGAGGCCUGCUGCGUCUCUGUCUGCAGAGAAACCUCUUCCCACCAGAGUGUAAGUGUUACACAAAGAUAAAGGAGCUGAUGGACUGACAGCUCAGAGCCGACAGAAGAGGAGGGACAGGAGGCUUUACGCUGAGGCUUCCUUUGUUAUACUGCAAUGUUUUUUUUUCCCCUUCGGUUGUUUUUGUUUCGUAACAUGUCAGAUGAAGAUGCUGGAGAAUGAAGAGCAUCAUUCUCGUGGUGCAUAAACCAGUGUGGCACAUUAAAGUCCACAUGCUUCACCCAGGGCAGCCAAUUAGAACCGUGCCUACAGAUCCAUUUUACUACUUUAUAUCACUCAAGGUUGGAAUUUAAACCAAGGACAAACACUCAGAACAGCCGAAUGCAAAACACUAAAUACAAAGGAGCCGUUGCUGUAGUAUCCCACAGUUACCAACCAUGAAACACUCAUGUAUUUACUGAGUAAAUUCACCAGUUUUUGACAUUUAGCUGUUUUUUCUAACCCUUAAUGAAUAAACAAGCCUAAGAGCCUACUAAAUAAUGAUUCUGUACCAAAUACUCAGUUUUUUAUAACGUGUCUAAAUGUAUAAAUUGAUGGUUUUUAGUCUUGAUGUGAUGAUUCUCAUGUCAAUUCCAGCGUAAAAGAUGGGUGACAAGAUCCACUUAGUUUAGCUUUCCCAGACCUCUGAAGCUUCAAAGCACUGGCUAAAUUUUAGAAUUUAUUCUGACAGGAUUACAGUGACCUAUAACUCUUUCAAAGUACAUGAUGACAUGGGAAUAUUUUAUUAACACAAACCUGAACAAAUCCCUGAAGCUGAGGACAGAGCUGUUCGGGUCCUUUAAGUGCCACCAGGGGGACCCAAGGGGAGUUAAAAUGUGAACUAAUUUAUGGUUUCACAGCAGUGGAAAUGAACUACAUGUAUGAAGUACUUCAGUGCAAUUCUGAAGUACUUUACUUAAGUAUUUCCAUUUUAUCCUGCUUUAUGCUUCCACUCCACUACACAAGUUGAAGCUUUUACAUAUUGGGUGCUUUAAUAAGCUUUCAAGCAAAACACAUAGUUGAAGAUUAAAACUUUUUUCCUUCUAAACAUCUUACGUGUUUUAAUUUCAAUAAAAGUUAAAUUGAUCCAAUAUCUCUCUCAAGACAAAUAUGAGAGAAAAAAAAUAGUAUCAUAUACAAUAUUGCGGGUAAACGUUUAACUAUAAGUUCAUCAAACAAUUCUGUAUGAUGUAUAGUCUAAUUUUGUAGGUUCCUAAACUUAAUAUUUAUGUAUUUAUAAACAUCCCUUUAAAAUUAAACAAAUAUCCUUUGAAAUAAUACAUAUUCUGACAAAUUAAUAAAUAUUCUGACAAAAUUAAUAAACAUUCCCAUGGAAUUAAGAAAUAAUCUUGUGAGAUAAUAAAUAUUACACCAAAAUUAAUAAACAUCCCUGUGAAAUUAAUAAAUAUUUCUAUGAAAUAUGUGUAUAUAUAAUUACACAGUUAAAACAUAAUUAAAUCAUGAACAAAAAUACUAAACAACAAAAACAAAUAAAAGGUUUAAUUUGCAAACAAGUUGUGAAAUAAAAAUCACGAUUAGAUUACUAAAGAUUUAUAUGAAAGAAAAAUCACGAUGAAAUUAUUAAAUAUUCCUAUCAAAUAAAUAUCGCGAUGAAAUAAAAAAGUCCCACGAAAUAUAUAAGUACCUCCUCAGCUAUUACAUGUACUUUAUAUUUAUUCAAUAGAAGUGUUUAUUUAUAUGUAUAUAUUUCUUUAAUACAAAUUAAAUAGCAUUCCGUUGUC